AUGGAUUCUGAUGCUGCUUCCACAUGCAGCCGCUCUUCAUCCCCAGACCUGGUUGUUGAUGACUCUGCGAGGAACUUCUUCUCUAACAAGAUGUUCCAGAAAUAUUGCCAAGACAGAAUGGACAGUGAUGCUGGUCAAGGCAGGAUGGAGCACUGCAGCGAAGGUGGGAAAACCAAAAGCAGGUCUGAACUUAGCAAGGAGGAGAUGCAAGAUCUGAGGCUGAAAGUCAACAGUCGAGAGAGGAAAAGGAUGCACGACCUGAAUCAGGCAAUGGACGGCCUGAGGGAGGUCAUGCCAUACGCUCAUGGACCUUCAGUUCGCAAGCUGUCAAAAAUCUCAACCUUGCUGUUAGCUCGCAAUUACAUCCUCAUGCUGUCCAGCUCUUUGGAGGAGAUGAAGAAGCUGGUUGGGGAUGUUUAUGGUGGCAGUGCUGCUGCCCAGAGCCGCUCUGCUCCCCACCCCUCAAUUGCACCUGCAGCUGCAUCUGCUCACCUCCCUCUGCAUCCUUUGGCGCAGUCCCUUCAUUCUCUGGUGGGUAACACACCCUCAGCACUGCAACAUCACUCGUCUUCUGCUUCUUCGGCUCCAGCUCCACACUCUCCUCCAUCAGCCAGCUUCCUGGGGUUUCAUACUCCAGUGCAGAGCCUUCUGAAGGACCCUCUCCAUCUGAACAGCUCCUACAGGCACUUUCCUGGCAUGCCAUGUCCAUGUACACUCUGCCAGCCUCUACCCACUACAACGUCCACAUUACACAGCCUGACUAUGAACAAGUGA